UUCAUACAUCAAUUCUGUUAAAUAAUAUGUGCCAAGAUGUCAAGGCUCUGUAAAUCCAUAUUAUGCUGCAAAUCUUGAGCUUGCAAUUUCAGCUUCCGAAACUUACGGAGAAUUUUAUAGCGAAUUCAAGAUUAGACCAAUUGAUCAAGACCAAGUGGCAUAAAAUACUGCAUCGAAUUAAAUGGAUUACGUUAUUACCUUAUAUUAUAGUCUAUUGGUCAUCGUUAUCUGAACAUAUGUACAUUACCAUGUUAUAUUUGCACAGACCCGGGGUGCUCGAAUUUCCUUUGCUUUUAUUUAAUAAUCUUGUCUGUCUCAUCGCGAGUUUAGAAAUACCUGAUAUGAUCGUCCCCAGUGUCGUGGACGAUUCUCAUAUCUUUCAGUUAAAAAAUGACGGUGACGUUUUUCAAGUCUUGUCACCCAAUUUUCCUGAAAACUAUCCAGAUAAUCAGAACAUAUCCUACUGGUUUAGAGGAAACGGAAAAGCUAUAAUGAUUAAGUCGGAAGCGAUGAACUUGCAGGCUCUCGAGCCAAGCGGCGUGUGUGCGAAGGAUUAUUUAGUUUUCUGGGACUUGCAGUAUCCAUGGAGCAUCUUGAGGACAGCUUGCGGAAAUGCAUUAUUUCAAGUUAACAGCUACAGCGAUUCUGUUAUGAUGCUUUUUAUCACGGAUUCAUCGCAAAACUUCAAAGGCUUUAAUUUGACCUUAAAAGCCAUUAAUGAGAGUAAAUAUUGCGGGGAGGGAGACUUAAGAUGUGUGUCUGCAAAUAAGGACGAACCGUUAUGCCUGCACAAUGAUCGCAUUUGCGAUGGAAUCCAACAGUGUGCAGGUGGAGAAGAUGAGAUUUGUACGCAAGAGUGCGGAAUUCCACAGGUUAUAACAGAUGAAAACCGCAUUGUUGGUGGCGUCGAUGCUACUCCAAGCGCUUGGCCAUGGCAGACGGACGUGAUCAUCAAUAAUUACACCGGUUGUGGAGGAUCUUUGAUUGGACCUGGUUGGGUUGCGACCGCUGGGCAUUGUUGCUCUCAGUAUGGCCAGCGGUUUCCUUUACAAGACUACAGGCUUAGAUUCGGAUAUCAGAAUUGCAAGGACAAAACUGACGGUCAGACAAUGCUUGUAGAUCAAAUGUUUGUCCACCCCAGAUUCACCGAGAGCAGCACUGGAGCGAAUUAUGAUUACUGUCUCUUGAAGCUAAAACAGACGGUGACCUUUGGGCCGAAGAUCCAGCCAGUUUGUCUUCCGCGUCCGUUAACAAUGCCUGUGGCUGGCACGGCAUGUGUGGCGACAGGGUGUGGCAAUACUGUGGCAUGGAAAGGCACCCAAUCAGGAAACGUAACCAUUCCGGACAAACUGCAAGUUGUGAACCUCAACACUGUAGCCAGUUCAGAAUGCGUCAAGGCCUUUCACAUGUUGACACCGGAGAUGAACUGUGCUUUCCAAUCUAACAAAGACACAUGCCAAGGAGAUAGCGGUGGUCCCCUUGUCUGCAAAGGGCCUGACUUCAGCACUACCCAGUACCAAUUAGUAGGAAUCACGUCUUAUGGAUUCGGAUGCGCAUCCGGAUUGCCAGGAGUUUUUGCGGAUGUUCCUCGACUGAUGCCUUUCUUGAUCAAAGUGUUGUAUCAGACCCAGAGGUGGGGAUGGUUCAGUAACACAGCCGUGCCUACUCCUCCUCGGCGUCCUGACGGAGGCAUGUACGAGCCCCGAGUAAACAAAGUUCUUCCGCCCGAGCAGCUCGAUGCCAAUGAGAGCAGUGCCCAGCCCUUGCUACCGUCAUGUACGAGUAUUAACACAAUCUUUCCUUGCUUGUGCAUUUUAAAACUAGGGUAUUUUACACUAUAGCAAUUUUAUUUUUAGUAACACAUUUUCUUACUAACAUUUUUGGUUUUACUUCUCUUUGUUUUCCCAUUGUUUUGAAUCCAAGUCUAUUUUCGAAAAUUUUAAACUUUCAUUUACUCUGUGGUCUGUUAAAACCUGCAAUGUUUCUAUGCAAAUAGUGAUACUCUGUUACUGUUUCAUAUGAUAUUGUAAAGUAUGACGUGUCGGUGUCUCAGUAGUACUGCUUACAAUUACAAGGUUGGAAAGCU